CAACACAAGGAGAGAUCAAAGGCACUUCAAGGUAGGACUCACAUAUACUUCACCUUACACCACAGGACCCGGAGCUAGUCUGGGUUCCAAAGCUGAGGGGGUGACAUCACUUUUUAGGAAUAAAGACCGAACUCGAGCUGGGACCCUUCUCUUGGACAUGUUUCUGCAGGACACAAGGCCGUUUUGUGAUUUUCCGUUCCCUUUCACCCCUACGAUGAAGAAUUAUUCAUUUUAUCCACCAGAUUGUAAAGAGGCUGCUGUGCGGUGCCCAGAGAUGCCAGCCCUGAACAGAAUGCCACAGCUGCCCACCGCUUGCCCUUCCAUCGAAACAGAGACGGAGGCUCAAUUCUCCUCCGAACACAUCCGUGUUUCCCUGCAGGACAGGGAGCUUUGGGACAAAUUCGGGAGCCUGGGUACGGAAAUGAUCAUCACCAAGUCUGGAAGGCGGAUGUUUCCAGCGUGUAAAAUCAGUGUGACUGGCCUAAAUCCCAAAGUGAAAUACCUGAUGAUGAUGGACAUGGUGCCCUAUGAUGACCAUAAGCACAAGUGGAGCCGGAAUAAAUGGGAAGUGAAUGGCAAGGCUGAGCCACACCUUCCCAACCGACUGUUCAUCCACCCGGAGUCCCCAGCGCUAGGGGAGAAGUGGAUGCAGUACCCCGUCUCCUUCAACAAGCUGAAACUCACCAACAACACACUCAACCAGAACGGCCUGGUUAUUUUGCACUCCAUGCACAAAUACCAGCCCCGCCUCCACAUUGUCCAGGCGACCGAUCUGUACAGCCAGCAGUGGGGCCCUUACCUCAGGUUCACUUUCCCAGAAGCUGCAUUCAUUGGAGUCACGUCCUACCAGAACAAUGAGAUAACAAAACUGAAAAUUGAUAACAACCCGUUUGCCAAAGGCUUUCGUGAUUAUGGGUUGAACAGCAAAAGGCAACGGGAAACAAGAGCUCAGAAUUCCUGCAAAAGACCUUUAACAAGAGAGGAUGAAGAGCCCUCGGAAAGCAAAGCUGGACCAAGGUACUGGGAGGGUGUUAAGGGACAGCUAACUCCUCAGACAGAUUUUGUAGUCUCAAGUACACAAGAGGAACCUGACAACACAGGAACCAACCCCUUCAUCGCCGCCUUCAUGAACAGGAGCCACAGGGAGGCUGCGCGUGGUCUGGCAGAAUGGAUAGACGAGGACAUUAAGGAUCCAUCUCCUGAUAGCCCCAACCUGCUUACAGUCAGGCAGGAUCUCAGUGCUGGUCAUUACGAAGCAGCUAAACCAACACAUCUCCAGUGUGUAGAAGAAGCCAUGUCCAUGAUCUCUUCAAGCUUCAACUCUGAGCAAUCCCUAUCCGAAGCCUCAUCAGGUGGUCUCCUGCAUCUCCCGCAAAGCAUCGGGUCUCACAGAACCAGAAUGAACGAUCCGCAUGCCACAGUAAGCAGCUUCCCUCUGGUUUCUGAGCCCACCACUGAACCUAAGAAAGGCCAUCAUCAGCUGUCCCAAUCGGCAGAAAUCCACCACCCCCACCCUCCCAAGAUCAGCAGGGUGAAUCUAGCGGAAACCACCCUGCAGUCUCUGGAAAGUCUUUGCCCCAGGCCGGCAGAGACGGCCAGCUGUGCUCGACCGCUGCAGGAUAUUUUAAACAAGAUCCAAGACAGAGCCGACUCCACCGAAGCCAGCCCAGGAAAAUUAUUCCAAAAUCAAGGGAUCUGGCCCUCCAUCGGUAAGGAUUACCCGCUGCCUGCUUUUCACCAGGACAGCAACACAGCAGUUUUGAACCCAUCUGGAUUCCUGGGGUAUUUGAGCAUGAGGACAGGCAGUACUGGUAACCUCCCUAUUGGUAUGGACUCUCGAUCCAAGCCUAGCAUAGCUGGCCAGGAGUAUCUCUAUAAAGCACCACACGUGGACAUGUAUUCUAAUUUGUAUUCUGGGAACUAAUUUUUGAGAUCACUAGUCAUCCUCACUGUCAACACUAUAAACCAGACAUCCUACAACCCCAUGUGUGGGCAUUGUGCUUUGACAAUAGUGUGUUUAAAAGGUGUAUAUGUAUAUAUUUGACAUGUCCAUGUUGUAUUUUCUUGUUUGUAAGCUGUUUUAAAAUAUCUGUAACACCUUUUUUAAAUUGUAUAAUUUUUAAAUUAAAGUCUUCAUAAAUUCAUAAGCCAUACUGUGUUUACACAAAUGGUCCCAAAUUACCAUCAAAGAAUGGUGAAUGCUUUGGUUAUAGGAUUGGUAUGCCUGAUACGCUGAUCAAAC